AUGAUUCUAAAACAAAAAAAGAAAAAUCUUAAGAAAUGUUUCGUGGAUCCAAUUUCAAUCAAAAAUGAACUCUUGAAUGAUUCAAAAUUCAAUGAUACUUUAUCUUCAUUAAUUAAUGUAACAUUUGAAAUUCCAUGUAAAGGUGAAAAUUGGAAACUGUGUAUUUUAUUCAUUAAAAUUAUUAACCAAAUACCUUCAAUAAGUGAUUUUUUUUUACAAAAUAUUAUUAAUAAAAUUGAUUCAUACAAAAUUUCAUUUCAAUUAUUCUGUGAAAAUUGUUCAAAUUUACAGCAAUUGAUUUUUAUAAUGCUUCUCUUGUCAAAAAUUAAUUUAUCCAAAAGAAAAAACUAUUUUGGUAAUAAAUUAUAUCAAAUAUUAAAUCCAAAAUUUAAUAAUGAUUGGCAUUCACAAGAAAAAAUACUAUUAUAUGUUUUAAAAAUUCAACAAAAAUCUGGAUCCAUUAAUCCAAUUUUUAAACCAACUAAUGUAUAUUAUAAAUAUUCUGAGACUGGUUUAAACAAUGAUUUAGAAAUAAAUAAUAAUAAUUGGUUCAGUUUUAUUCAGUUUGUUAGGGAUAAGAUGUAUUUAUGGAGUAAUUUUGGACUAUGUGUUGAAUUUUAUAGACCAUCUAUUUAUACGUUUAAAAAUUUGAAAGAAGAAAUUAUAUUCCAAUUACAAAAUGAAACUUCAAUUAAUUUAAUUAAUAAUAGUAAUAAUUCAGAUCAAUUUCAAAAAGAUUUAAAAAAGAUUAAAUAUUUACAAAUAAUAUUUGAUAAUAAUUCAUUUCGUGAUGAAUUUUUCACAUUUUGCAAGAAAAGGCAAAAGAUUAGUCAAUCUAUUGGAAUUAUUUCACUAAAUUAUCUGGAUAUUGAAGAAGAACAUGAUCCUAAUGUACCUGAAGGAAGUAAUGGCGAUAAUAGUGAAAUUAUUACAAGUUUACCAGAAGUAAUUAAUAAAAUGAUUGAUGAUGGGAAAGAGUUAAAUGUUCCUAAAAUAAACCAAGUAUUUUCAAAACCUUCAACACAGCUUGCUACUCCAGAUGAUUCAGAUCAAAGAGAUAAUUUAGAUGAAUGGAAAAUUGAUGAAACACCGGUAGAGGUUCAAUCAAUGAUUAUACCAAAACAACGAAAUGCUGAAGAUGUCACAGUUUCUAAAGUCAAAUCCACAAGGAUAGAGGUUGAAAAUACUACAGAUAUCUCAAAGAAAAUUGAAGAAGAUAAGAACCCUGAAGAUUUGCCUCUAAUUCCUAAUAAUUCUUCACUUGAAAUAACUAAAUUUGAAACAAAUAUAACUAAUCAUAAAAUUCAAAAAGCUGAAAAGAGGGUUGCCGCAGUAAACAAAAAAACAGAAGUGAUAAAUAAUAAUAAGAAGAAUAUUUCUAUCCUUAAUAAUAUCUUUAAAGUAGAUGCUAAGAAACCUAAUAAAAGACUUAAGAAUAAGGUUAUCAAGAAACGUAUAAAAGCUCCUAGACAAGCAAAAUUAUCAAAUGUUCAACAAAUUAUAACUAUACCUUCUCAGGACAUAAAUUCCAAAGAUGCAAAAUCAAUUCCAUCGAACAUAGACAAGAAAUAUGAUGGUCCUGUAUUAAGAACAAGAGCGCUCAAGAAGGUAAAUGCGGUUUCCUGUGCAAAAGAAACAAAACCUAUCAAGACUUCCAUAAAUGUGCCUAUAACGAAACAGAAAGAUAACAAUUCCAUCCAUAUAUCUCCAGUGAUUACAUCAGAUUCAAAAGAGGAUUUAGUCUUCGAAACUGGUAACAACAACGUCCUUAAUGUUAAUGAUGUCUCCGAACAGAACCAUUCAAAGGAUGAUAAAGAUAAGAUGAAUAUCCUACAGGAAUCAACAACUAUUAUUAACACGACACCUUCUAAUUUAUUAACGGCUCAAAUUUGCAAUACAUCACUAUUUGACACACAGAACUUCACUAAUGAAUUACAAGCACAAAUUAAUCGUUCUGUACUUACAUUUUCAAAUGAGCUUACUAGAAAAUUAGACAUAAUAAAUGAUGAGAUGAAUAAUAGAAUUCUUAAAGAUUUAUCAACAAAAUAUCAAGGACUAAUUGAGGAAUUCCAAACAAAAUUUCAGAAUGACACCGAGAAGAUCUUUCAAUUCAUAUCUAACUUUCAACAUUUAUUAUUACUCCCAGAGGAUGAACUGAAGAAUGAGAUAAGAAAGAGUUGUAAUUCUUCAACAAAUAAAUGA